CAGCAUAGUCGCGGCUCAUCUGUAGGUUGUGCACGGUAGCUAGGUGCCUUCCAUAAACUGCGUUGAAGUGGCCUGCUGAACCAUUUUCAAGCACCGCGGAGCUUGAGGGAGUAUUUCAGGACCAUUAAGGUUCUGAAGGACUCAGGAUGUCUAAUGAUCUCGCUGGAGUGUGGGAGGUGGCGCUGAGUGAUGGAGUCCACAGAAUCGAGUUUGAACACGGGACCACCACUGGAAAGAGGGUCAUCUACGUGGAUGGAAAGGAGGUACUGCGACGGGAUUGGAUGUUCAAACUGGUGGGGAAGGAGACUUUCAAUGUGGGCAGCUCAGACACCAAAGCAACCAUCAAUAUCGAUGCAGUCAGCGGCUUUGCCUAUGAGUACACCCUGGAGAUCAACGGGAAGAGCCUGAAGAAGUACAUGGAGAACAGGUCAAAGGUCACCAGCACCUGGCUGCUCAACCUGGACGGCAUUGACUGCAGAGUUGUCCUGGAGAAAGACACCAUGGAUGUGUGGUGCAAUGGACAAAAGAUUGAGACUGCAGGCGAGUUUGUGGACGAUGGUACAGAGACGCAUUUCACACUCGGGGACCACAACUGCUGCGUGAAAGCUGUGAGCAGCGGGAAGAGGCGAGACGGCAUCAUUCACACGCUGCUCGUAGACGGCACAGAGAUAGCCGAAUGCACAGAGUGAGUGUGCACUGUGUUUCUGUUUGUGUGAAAGCAGAGAUCGGGUUUUGUUUUUGUGACGCUGAAUGAGGGUGCGAGGUGAUGUGAAGCUGUUCAAGUCAGGGACCAACUGAGAGAAACUGUGUUGAUGGCUUUAGUGUGCAGGGUGUAUUAGCCAUAUAUUCAUAACAGCUGUCCUAUAAUUAGCAUAGCUGAAGACAGAACCUGAGGUCUGAGCAGGUUUAGAAGACAAAGGGCAGCUACUAAUGCCAGAAAGGAGUUACUGUCUCAAAAUGUUCACACUGGAUAUAUAAUGUGUGCACUGGCACUUUAUAAUGGUAUGAGCACUAUUAAUCUAAGUAAUAUAAUCAACACUGAAGUCCAGAUGUGCCACAUUUAUUUCACUCAGCCAGAGUGUUGCUAACGUGAGCAGCUGCUUUUGAAGACGUACUGUAUCAGAUGUCAUUAUGGAAAAGCCAAACAUUAUCAAUAACCUGUCCCAAUAAACCCUCACCUCAUUCUCUCUUAUCUCUAUGCUAGCUUUCUCGUAUUUUUUAAUGUUGUGCAGCAGGUUCAGCAACAGGGUACAAAAAUAUUCCUUGAAUGUAGCAUCAGUCCAGUGUAGUCCUGUGUCAACCUGUUAAAUGGUUUGUUUUCAUUGGUUACUUCUGUCAAUAUCAAAUAAUGUGUUUAGUUUCCAACAGCCUGCUGUUGAUGUGGCAAAAUAUUCAGAGGGUGCAAUGUCUAUAUUUUUCAUGGGUGCAACAGUUUUAUAGACAUUCAGAGACAUUCGUCAAUUACACGGCUGAAAUGGAUCACGUGCUGACAUCCAAAAAAGACUUUGAAGACUUCCUGUUGUCUUUAGAAAAAUCUGUAACUAUGUUGUGCUGUCAAAUCAUUAUUUUAAUGUAAAUGAAAGACUGGUAGUGUCACAGAGUGUAUAUAGAAGAUGGACAAAGCUAUCCUGAUGUCACCUGUUAUGAAAUCACAUUUUGGACCCUUGAGCCUGUCCACUGUUACUGUCUUCUGUUUUUAAACUGGAUGUCAUGAGAACGAGGCAGAUCUGUCAUUUUCCUCUUUAUGGUCCUUCUGGAGAAUAACAGGGACCAAAAUUUAUAAAAUAAACAUUAUGUUUUAUUACAUAAGAUGUAAAAUUAGGUAUUUGUUCAUAUUAAAGUGUUUAAUGAGA